GCCGUACGCGCUCUCCCGCUCGCACGAUAAUAAUAUUUUGGUGCCAGCAUUUCCAGCCAGCGGAUGCGCUUGCCUGCAGCAGCCCUCGUGCAGUUCGGAAAGCGCUUUUCCUACCCCGUGCAGCAGAAGUUUGACUGCUCGGAAAAACUGGUUUAGUCGAGUAUACGCAUCGGUCGCGUUCGGUCGUGCCCAACACGCAGUCGUGCUCGUCGUCGUCGUAGUGGUGUUGGUGUUGGUAGUGUGUGCGCGCGUCUUCCAGCAAACAGCCCCUUUCCGUUCGUCGUCGUCGUUGUUGUUGUUGUUGUUAGUGCGCUACUAUCGAUUGUUCCGCGGGGUGAGUUUUCGCGUGCCCCGUUGGGUGUACGGUACCCCCAUCCCGUCCCGUUCGGUUAAUCGGCAGUGAAGUGUCGAGCCCCCUCCCGAGAGGUGCCAGUUGCAGGUGCCAUGUGAAGAAUGUGGUGCAAAUUAAAAUUAAUUACAUAUUCAAAAUACAGCCCCGUCCCCCGCCGGCCCACUGCCGAACUGCACCGGUAGGAAAGCUCACAAGCUUGUGCCGUGUUCGCGUUGCCCAGAGUUGUGUGUCCAAGUGUUCAUUUCCUGACCGAAACCGAUUGGCGUUGUUUUUGUAUGGUUGUAUUGCUUGCCACUGUUGAGUUUGUAGUGCCGUGACCGGAAAUCGAUUUCGGGCUGGUCAAUCUCCGAAAGCAUAAAUGCACCUUAGCACCACCACCCCGCUUCCCGAGUUGGUAAGUUUCGUUCCACUGUGCAGUGAAGUGAUUUGUGCAACGCGAAACGGGAACGCAGUGGAUGUGUGAUUUACCUGUGCGAAAGCAUUUGCGUUUGUGCAGGUGUGCGUCGUAUGAGUGUAUAUGUGCGUGCGUGUGAGUGUGUGGUUUGUACACAAAUGCGUAAACGCGUAACGCCAGCCAGCACCUACUACGAUUGAGGGUCAGGUAGCGGCUUGCUGUUCGAACAAACGGCCAACGAAAAAAAGAGAGCAAAUCAUCGGUUCGUCCGCAACACAAAAGGGCCAAAUCACCGAAGGAAGGGCCCGUUCUGGCUGUCCCGUACAGUAACAACAACAGCCCAAAAUACAACCCAACAUACACCGGAAAGAAACAGAACGGCUUUAAGGUCAUCAAUCCCAUUCCCCUUUCGAGUCUACUACCAGCCAACAAGCGCACACAAGCAAUGGAACCGAUGGAAGCCCGCGUUGCGAUGCUGCAGGACCUGAAGAUCCAAUCGUUUGACACGAUUCGCUUCGCUUCCUAUCGCACUGCCUGCAAGCUGCGCUACGUACAGAAAUCUACCAACCUGCAUCUGGUCGACAUCUGGAAUGUAAUUGAGGCGUUCCGCGAAAAUGGACUGAACACGCUCGAGCCCCAGAACGAGGUCAGCGUUAGCCGGCUCGAGACGCUCGUGUCGUCGCUGUACCACAACCUGAACAAACGGCUGCCGCCAACGCAGCAGGUGCACGUCGACUCGAAGGCUAGCCUGCUCCUGAACUGGCUGCUGGCGGCCUACUCCGGCGACAACUCCGGCAAGAUACGCGUCUUCUCGAUCAAGGUUGCGCUCGCGAUCAUGUGCGCCGGCAAGAUGGUCGACAAGCUACGAUAUAUCUUCUCGCAGAUUUCCGACGGUGCCGGCCAGCUAAUACACUGGAAGUUGGGCGAUUUCCUGCGCGAGGUGCUCGCCCUGCCGGCCGCCGUCUUCGAGUCGCCCACCUUCUUCUACAAGGAGGGCCUCGAGUCGGAGAUCUUCCCGGUGGAGAACAAAAUUACGGUGAACGACUUUAUGACCGGCUUCAUGACCGAGCCCGGGCCGGCCUGUCUCGUGUGGAUGCCGCUGCUGCACCGGCUCGCCACGGUGGAGUCCGUCGUCCAUCCGACCGUCUGCUCCGUGUGCAUGAGGGAAAACUUUACCGGCUUCCGGUACCGCUGCCAGCGCUGCCACGGGUAUCAGCUGUGCCAGGACUGCUUCUGGCAGGGGCGCGUCUCGCUGAACCACCAGAACGACCACGAGGUGAAGGAGUACUCGAGCUACAAAAGCCCCAGCAAGCAGAUUGGCCACUCGCUGCGCAAAAGCUUCCGGUGCGUGCCGGACAAACAGAUCCAACCGCUGCCCCGGUUCCCGGAGCAGCCCGAGAAAACGCUCAACCUGUCGCACAUCGUGCCGCCGUCGCCGCUACCCUCGCACAACGGCUUCCCGGACGGUGGCAUACCGGGGCUGUACGAUCGCAGCAGCACGCUGGACUCGCGAGCAACUGGCUUGUCGCUGGACAGUAACGGAACGUCCGGUACACGCGGUGCCGUUAAUUCCAACGACGAGGAGCACAGACUGAUUGCGCGAUACGCAGCGCGACUAGCACAGGAAUCGCGAACGCCCGGUGGAUCCGCCCCCGACCCAGUACAGAUAGGGCUGGACAGUUCGCGGGCCCAGCGCGAACUGAUCAUGCAGCUCGAAUCGAAGAACAAGGAAAUUAUGCGCGAAAUUCAGAAGCUGCGGCGCCAGCAGGAAGCGGAACAGGUCGCCCCCGAAAGCCCCGCCCUGAUGAACGAGCUGCGCGCGCUGCGCCAGCGCAAGGGCGAGCUGGAGGGGCAUCUCGGUGCGCUGCAGGACUCGCGCCGGCAGCUGAUGGCCCAGCUCGAGGGGCUGAUGCGCAUGCUGAAGAACCAUCAAACCCAAAGCCCUCGCUCGACGCCCAACUCUAGUCCACGGUCGGGCAAAAGCCCACCGAUACCGCAGGGGCCACCAAUGCCAAACCAAGGCGGCCCCCGUCAGGGCCCGAUGAACCCCGGCAGUUCCGGUCUGCCCCCCAAUAUGCCCCCCGGUAUGCUGCCGCCCGGGGUAGGAAUGCACCCGCAAGAUGCGCACAUGGGCCCCGGCGGCAUGGACAUGCGGGGAUACGCCCCGAACGGAAACAACAAUGGUGGUGGUAGUGGUGGUGGUAACAUCAUUAAUGGCGGCAGUGGUACGCUUGGCACGCGAUCGAACGCCGCUGGAGCGUGUCCGCCGGCCGGUGGCCGGUCGGAUCUGCACUACGCGGCCGAUUCCGUUUCCACCGCGAUGUCCUCGCUGGUGCGCGAGCUUAACUCAGACUUUGACGAGAUGCACAUGACAACGCAUGAGUGGAGCGAAAAGGAUAAUACUCAAUGGCAGGAACAGUUUGCUGCCUGGAGCCUUAACUCGCAAAACCAAUGAGCGGCCAAUGGACCGUGCAAUACAAGCAGCAAAUGAAGGGCGGUACAAGCAAUCGUUGGAGGACGAUCAAACGAUCGCACGGCGCCUAACGCGCGAGCGGAAGUUAAUUUUUAGUGUAUCACUAAGGAUAAAACACAAUUUCAGACAGCUCUAUUACCUUAUCGCAUUGCAACACACAUUGUCAUUAGCGUUACACAUUAGCGCGUACGGAUACUUAAGGCUUUGUUUUUGUUGUUUGUAUUUUACAUGUAUUGUACCUAUUUUUUAACCCUUCACAGACGGGGUGGUUUUACAGAAGCGUAUAAGAACAAACAAGAAGCGAAUACUGAUCUGUUUGAAGCAAUAAUGCAAAAGCGCAACACAUGCAUUCCAGGCAUAAGAUAAGAUCAUGCAAAUGGAAAGGAACACAUUUUUAGUGAUACAAGACGAACAGGUCUUGUUAGGGUUAGUAUUGUUACGAAAGCGUUUUAUGGACUUGAAGCAAGCUCUAGAUGCAGCCACAGCCUCUUGCCAGAACUAAGAAACAUCUUUGAUUUCAAUCACUCUAUUCAACGGUACCCAGUUAGCGGUAGGUUUAAAAAUGGUAAUUUAUCUGCUUUACCUCAAUUGUGGUCUUCCAAGCUACUUAUCUAACUAUAGUUUAUUUUUUAAUAUUUUAUAAUUGAAUAUAAGAUCACUAGGAAUGAUGUUUUAAAACAACAACCAAUCAAACUAUUAUUUUAUAAGUUACUACGGGAAAGUUUCUUCGUUUUCCUUACAGACACUUAUUUUAAUAAAAUGAUUUUUGUUUUGUUAUUCUAAUAUUUUA